UUCAAACUGGUGACUACCAGCAGUUGGAUGGUCGCCAAAAGUUAGAAGGCUCAGUACGAUUCCAUAGCUUAGUCGAGGUGAGCUGAAACAAAGUUUGAGCUGCAACCGUCUCAACAUGGAUUCGAUUCCACGGAAAAGCAUCCCGGAGACAUUCGCCGGGGCAGAUGUGUUCAUAACCGGUGGUUCCGGAUUCAUGGGCAAGGUGCUGAUCGAGAAGCUGCUGCGAUCUUGUCCUCAAAUUGGAAACGUGUUUGUACUGCUGAGGCCACGAAGAGGAAAAUUGGCCAAGGAACGGGUCGCGGAUUUGGUUCAAGUGCCGUUGUUCAACAAAUUACGUGAAGAACGACCGGAUUCGUUCCAAAAAAUUGUCCCGUUAGAUGGAGAUUGUUCUCAGCUGAGAUUGGGAUUGGAAGAUGAGAGUAUCAGACGGAUGGUCGACGUUCAAUUCGUGUUUCACGCAGCUGCCAGUGUUCGAUUCGACGAUCCGCUGGACAAGGCUUUAUUGUUGAAUACCCGAGGAACACACGAAGUCUUACGAUGGGCUAAGACUUUGAGUAACCUGAAGGCGAUAGUGCACAUUUCUACCACAUACUCUAACCCGGAGGUUCCUCAUGUUGAGGAGCGGAUAUAUCCAGCAAAAAUGGAUUGGAGAAAGGCUAUCGAAAUGGUGGAGAAGGUCGAACCUGAAGCGCUGAACGCGUUAGCCGAGAAAUUAUCAGGUUUUGCUCCCAAUACCUACACGUUCACGAAAGGUCUAGCGGAACAGAUCUGCUACGAUUAUCACCAUGAACUUCCUCUGGUAAUCUUUCGGCCUUCGAUUGUGAUCAACACCGAGACGGAACCCAUGCCAGGCUGGAUCGAAAACUACAAUGGUCCUGCUGGCAUACUUUCAGCUCACGCGGCCGGCAUUCUACGGACUUUAUUCGUCAGCAUGGAUUGCCAUAUGAAUUGCAUCCCAGCAGAUGUCAGUAUAAAGGCGAUUAUUGUAGCGGCAUGGAAGAAGUCCUUCAGCGCCAAAAAUGACCUAGUGAUCUACAAUAGUGCUGCUGAACCCGACAAGGCAAUGGGAUAUAAAUUUCUGUACGAGGAGUCUGAUUACUUCUCCCAUCGAAUUCCGAUGUUGAAGAUGAUGUGGGCUCCUACAGGACAAGCCACAACCAACAGUACGUUGUUCUAUUUGUUGUUCUUUUUGUACCAGGUUAUUCCGGCAUUUUUCGUUGAUGUAGUGCUGAGGCUUUGCAAUAUGAAACCAUUCCUCCUGAAACUGCAGCGUUCGAUCUUCCAUGCCCAAAACUCGCUGAUGUACUUCACCACGCAUGACUGGGUGUUCGAUACCGACAACUUCCGCAGCCUAUCCAAGGAUCUUGGCGAGAUGGACAAAAUUCACUUCAACAUUGCUUACAUUACGCAGGGUCUGCUGGAGUACUGCAGUCUGUGUAUGCUGGGCGGGCGCCGGUACCUGUUUAAAGAAAGCGACGACUCCAUCAUGGUCGCUUUCAAGAGAUUGAAGCGAUUCGAACUGGCCGACAAACUGCUGAAAUUGGCUAUGUUCGUUGGAUUCGCAUACGUGCUACGGAGUUAUCUGCCUGAUAGCUGGCUGCAACGCGAAGCGGUUGAUGGUAGAUUAAACGAAAUUUUAUCAGAUUGACAAAUGUCAGCUUUCAUCUGAAGCAAAAGAUUGAAUGAAAAAAAGCAAAAGAUUUUAUGAAUUCCA